UCGUCCUUCCUUUCACUGCUACCUCUUGCGGACCCCACUUGUCGGGACUUUCUUUACCCCAGCCUUGGGACUUGCUUAACCCCAGGCCUUUUCGUCACUUGUCUCUGGGCAGUUCUGUCCUAAGUAGGUUAGCGCCUGGUGCGAAGCCGCACCGAAAGGACCCCGGCGCCCCCUAGCGGUCUUGGUGAGGGCGCGGGGCUAUAUAGGCAGAGUGCUGCCCUCGGUCCCAGGAAGAAAACCAGUGCCCCUGGAGGCAAGGAGCGCGGCGCCUCGCGGAGAUGCUGCGGUCUGGCGAGGUCCACACUGGGCUAGGAGAGAAGAUAGAGAAAAUGGGAAGAUGGAAGGGAAAUCCCAUAUUGGGAGUCAUCUUGGCCUAAAUUACUGUAUGACCUUGAGCCAGUCACCUCCCCUCUCUGGGAAUGUUUCCUCAUCUGUAACAUGAGAGAAUCAAGACUCUUCUUGCUCUGACAUCCCAUCCUCCACAUCUCCGCAGACGACCAUCAUGGCAGUGGAGUUCGACGGAGGUGUUGUGGUGGGUUCUGACUCCCGGGUGUCUGUAGGAAAGGCAGUGGUAAACCGAGUGUUUAACAAGCUGUCUCCACUACAUCAACACAUCUAUUGUGCUCUCUCUGGUUCGGCUGCUGAUGCCCAAGCCAUGGUUGACAUGGCCGCCUACCAACUGGAGCUCCAUGGGUUGGAACUGGAAGAAUGUCCGCUUGUUCUAGCUGCUGCCAACGUGGUAAGGAAUAUCUCUUAUAAAUAUCGGGAGGACCUGUCUGCACAUCUCAUAGUAGCUGGCUGGGACCAACGUGACGGGGGCCAGGUGUAUGGAACCCUGGGAGGAAUGCUGACUCGGCAGCCCUUUGCCAUCGGUGGCUCUGGCAGCACCUAUAUCUACGGUUAUGUGGAUGCGGCAUAUAAACCAGGCAUGUCCCCUGAGGAGUGCAGGUGUUUCACCACCAAAGCUAUCGCUCUGGCCAUGAACCGGGAUGGCUCUAGUGGGGGUGUCAUCUACCUGGCCACUAUUACAGCUGCUGGUGUGGACCAUCAAGUAAUUUUGGGUAAUGAGCUGCCGAAAUUCUAUGACAAGUGAAUCUUCCUCAGACCUCCUUUCCUUAUUUUGUAAUAAACUGUCUGGGACCAGAACCUGGUAUGGUCAAUGGAAAAUGGGUGCUCAAGGAGAUGAAGGUUAGGGGAGGGGGCUUCUUCCCUCCCAGAAGUUAGAUACCCUUUCUUAAUGUGUUCAUUCACAUUAAAGAUCAAUACAUGACAAUUGCUUAAAAUUGAAUGAUUUGUGAGUCUCAAAGAACAAUAACAGCCAUCAAAACACUGAGCAAGGUAUUCGCUAAAUGCUUAUAAACUUUAUCUCUUAUAACCCAAACAAAAGAACGUACAUGGAUUAGACUACUACUUCCAUUUACAGACAGAUGAAGGCUUAGAAAAGGUUAGUCCCUUAACCAAAGUCAAAGCAAAUUCAAAAGCAGAAAUCUGGAAUUUAGUUCUUUUUUUUUACCGUAUGCCCUUCCUCUCCCACUAUAUGAAACUUUCCAUUCCCUCAAGCAUCGUAUAUCAUGUCUUCCUUGAAAUCUGCAACAGUUACCAGCACAGUAGUUGACACUUAAGAAGUUAUUACCAGAUGCCUGAGUAACUGUUGUUAAACAGGCCGACUUACAGCCCUAUCUUUGCCAUGCACUUACCAAGUGACAGGACAAGUUAUUCCCCUUCUGUGAGCCCUCACUUCCUCUUCUGUCAGGUAAAGAUGUUGAGCUACUUCUAAGGUGGGAUAUGGCUUGGAUAUCCAAUGUCAUUUUGCUAAUAAGUGAGCAGUUAAGAGAUAUAUUUAACAGAAAUCAUAGUAGGCUACCCAGGAAGCUGCUGUCUGCUUUUCUUUCUGGAUCUCGGGCUUAACAUAUAAAUUCAAAGUACCCUAAAACAAGCCUAUGCCCUCGGGAGUAUGUGUUUCAUUUGGAGGAGAAAAAAAAAUCUAAAAUUGUAGAGACUUGAGUUCUUUCUAGCCAUGAUAUUUAAUUUAUUCUGAAGUUUAAAGUAAUAGCUUAAGAACCUAUCUCUCCCACUAAUCAUAACUAGAAACUCUGGAAAGCAGACAAAAAGCAAGUGCGGAAGGACUCUGAACAGUAGACAAAAGCAGGUGGGCUAUGAGGAGAGCCCAAACUUGGAGAGGAACGCUCCCCAUGGGUAGUUUUGGAUUUGUCUCCCUCUUUCAUCUCCCAGCUUUGUCCUGAAGUCAGGCCUCGGGUGCAAAGCCGCAGUGCCCUAAAUUGCCUAGAGAAACCAUUGUUCUGGCUGGAGGAAUGGAGGAACCGGGGAAAAAGGAACCCUGUGUAGGGGGGAGAGUGCAGGGAGGUUCCCACAUGAGGGAGCUGGCUGGAGAAGGGGAUUCCUUGAGUCUAGGUUGGAACUCUCACGAGUACCGAGUGACCCUGAGAUACACAAACGUGAGGCACAGCACGGACUUUUUGAGAGCUGAACUAAGAUUUAAGCCUUUUAAAAUUAGAAAGCUGUCUUUUUCUUUAUUGGCCAAUGAAUUGUGUCUUGUGUCCCUCAUUCCAAAAAGGACUUGUAGCAGUUCACAGAGACAAACACAACUGAAAAAGGGGAAGGAAGAGAAGAAACUGGGGCAGAGAGAAAAUAAAGCUAGGAAAUAAGUAAAGCCAGGGGAUCAAACUAAAAUACAAAAUGAACAUCUUCUGUUAAGAUUCUCAGGAUCCACAUAACAGUAAAAACAUAUGGUAUUUGUCUUUCUCUGUAUGACUUAUUUCACUUAGCAUAACACUCUCCAGUUCCAUGGGGGAGGGGAAGAGAAAAAAAAAGAGGUUAGACUCUGAGGGAGAGAGCCAAAGCAUAAGAGACUCUUAAAAACUGAGAACAGGGGCGCCUGGGUGGCGCAGUCGGUUGAGCGUCCGACUUCAGCCAGGUCACGAUCUCGCGGUCCGUGAGUUCGAGCCCCGCGUCAGGCUCUGGGCUGAUGGCUCAGAGCCUGGAGCCUGUUUCCGAUUCUGUGUCUCCCUCUCUCUCUGCCCCUCCCCCGUUCAUGCUCUGUCUCUCUCUGUCCCAAAAAUAAAAAUAAAAAAAAAAAACGUUGAAAAAAAAAAAAACUGAGAACAAACUGAGGGUUGAUGGGGGGUGGGAGGGAGGGGAGAGUGGGUGAUGGGUAGUGAGGAGGGCACCUUUUGGGAUGAGCACUGGGUGUUGUAUGGAAACCAAUUUGACAAUAAAUUUCAUAUUAAAAAAAUGAACAUCAAAAAGAAAAGAAAAGAAAUGGAGUACUGGAUUUGUCUUAUACUGGCAAACAAGAGCAAAUUGUAAAAUAUUCAGAAAUUGUGAAAGACAAUUGCUAACCAUGGGUAUCUUAACAUUGGCCAUGAUUGGAAGUAUUUAUUCUACAGAAACCAGGAAUGUUACACGUCAGAAUUUUUUUCCCCAGAGAGCCAGUUUAACAGGGCAUAUAUUUAUCAACCAGCUACAGAUGGGUAAAAAACAAUUGGCUCUGAGCUACAAGGUAGUGAAAACAAAGAAGGAAAGGAAAUCAGGUAUGAGGUUCAAAAGAUUCAUAUAAAAGGUACAGCACUUGGGGCACCUGGGUGGCUCAGUCGGUUGAGUGUCCAACUUCGGCUCAGGUCAUGAUCUCGCAGUCUGUGAGUUUGAGCCCCGCAUCGGACUCUGUGCUGACAGCCUGGAGCCUGUUUCUGAUUCUGUGUCUCCCUCUAUCUCUGCCCCUCCCCUGCUCAUGCUCUGUCUCUCUGUCUCUCUGUCUCUCUCUCUUGUCAAAAAUAAAUAAACCUUUUUUUAAUGUAAAAAAAUAAUAAAAGGUACAGCGCAGGGAAUAUAAUUAAUGAUAUUGUAAUAGUGUUGUGUGGUGACAGAUGGCAGCUACAACCUGUGUUGGACAUAGCAUAACAUAAACUUGUGGGAUCACUAUGUUAUACACCUGAAACUAAUAUAACAUUAUGUGUCAACCAUACUUCAAUUUUUAAAAAUUAACUAAAAAGAAACCAUCCAACAAAAACAACUCUAUAUGCAUGAAUAAAUUUUCAAGUCACAUAGAGGAUUUGCAAAAACAGGAUAUGCAUGAUACCCUAAAGGAAACUACAGUAGAUUCCAAAGUAUCAGUAUCUUUGAAAAAAGCUACAUUUUAUAGCCAUAUUAUACUAAAAGUAGAACUUGAUAACAAAAGGAUACCUAAAAUUCUCACAGUUUGCAAACUAAGAAAGUAUUCAUGAAUAACGUGGAUUUAAAAGGCAGUCAUGGGGUGCCUGGGUGGCUCAGCCAGUUAAGUGUCUGACUUUGGCUCGGGUCAUGAUCUCACAGCCCAUGAGUUCAAGCCCCACUUCGGGCUCUGUGCUGACCAUGCAGAGCCUAGAGCCUGCUUCACAUUCUGUGUCUGCCCGUCCUCCACUCACACUCUGUCUCUCAAAAAUAAAUAAGUGUUAAAAAAUAACAAUAAUAGUAAAUGAUAAAUGGCAACGACAUUUUAAAAAAUAAAAGGCAGUCAUGAGAGAAAAUAACACGUUUAGAACUAGGUGGUAAAAAUGUUGCAUAUCAAAUUUUAUGAGAUGCAGUUAAAGCAGUACUCAGAAUUUUACAGCUUCAAAUACAUUUAUUACAACAAGAAAAGUUAAAUAUAAAUGGCCUAAAAUUUCUCCAAAAUUUUGAAAAAGAGUGAUUGAAUAAACUUAAAGCAAUAAGAAGGAAGGAAAUUAUAAAGAUAAGAAUAGAAAGCAAUUUAAUAGAGAACAAAAACUAUGUAGUAAAAAUUCACAAAACCGAAAGCUCCUUCUUAAAAAAAUAUUUGUAAGAUACUCAAAUUUAGAACAAGACUGAUGAUGAAUAAAGGGGAGAGAAAAUGAAGAAACAAAAUACGGAAUGAAAAGGGGAGAAUAGCCUACAAAUAUUACAGAUAUGAAACUUAAAGGGUAAAAUUAUCAAAUCGAAAAUUGAAAAAUUUCGAUGAGACAGAUAGCUUCUAGAAAAAUUUAAACUAAUGCAAUUUGUACAAGAAAUAAAAAUUUGAGAAUACCAAUAAAUAUUGAAGAAAUGAAAAAAGUUGCUAAUAGCAUCUGAUAAAAAUAAUUUUUUUAAAUGCCCACAUGGUUUCACAGGUGAGUUCCAUCAAACAUUCAAAGAGUAUACAACUCCUAUCAUAUGUGCUUUUUUCCAGAAAAUAGAAAAAAGAUUAAAGCUGUUCAGCUAAUUUUAUUAGGCUAGCAUAAUCUUGAUUUCAAAAUGAGGUAUGGGGAGGGCCCCUGGGUGGCUGAGUUGGUUAAGUGUCCUACUCUUGAUUUCUGCUUGGGUCAUGAUCUCACUUGAUUUCAGCUCAGGUCAUAAUCUCAUGGUUAGUGGGUUUGAGCCCCACGUCAGGUUCUGCACUGACAGCACAGAGCCUGCUUGGGAUUCUCUCUCCCUCUCUCUCUGCCUCUCUCUCUCUCAAAAUAAAUAAAUAAACAUUUUUAAAAGAGGCGGGGGAACAAAAAAGGUAAUAGAAUGAACUGUUAAGCACAAAGCAACUCACUUUGAAUAAAGAAUAUAUACACACAAAACAAUACACAUUUUUCAAGAAUACAUAUAACCAAAAGAUAUAUACAAAACACAGGAGAAGGGUUGCCUUUGGUGAAGGGAAAGAAACUGGAAUUUGGGAAACGUGCAUCAAGAGAAAUAAAUAGUAACAAACAUAGAGAAGAUUUUGUAUGGACCAGUGAUGACCAUGUGCCACGAACUGAGGAAUAUAAUUCUAAUAUUUGUGUGUAAGAUUUUUUUAAAAUUAAUGACUCAAAGAAAAUCAUAGCUCUGAGAGCAAUUUAUUCUAUAUUUCCAUGACAAAUAUUCGAUAAUUCCCUAUUUUUUCCAUCUAAUUAAAUACAGGGAAUAUAGUUAAAGUGUUCAGUUGAGGAUCAGGAUUUAGACAGGGGAGAUAGAAAUUAAAAAAGCUUAGAUUCCUCCCUACAUUUACAGCAUCUCUUUCCAAUUAAUUAUCUCCAGUAAUAUGUAUUUUUUAUUCUAAGUAUUUUAGAAUCUAAUAAACAUCCUCUUUUUUAUAUAAUGAGCCAGAAUAUAUGGAUUAUCUUUGGUCCUCUUUACCAAAUUCUUAACUCUGCUGGUUAUGGGCAUACAUUGUAAGAAGAAAACUGUCUUAAUUCCAUUGACCUUAUUCAGAAGCAUUGGAAAUUGGUUCAACAAUAUUCAACUUUACCCAACAAUGUUUAUGACAGAGUUGUAUGUGGAGUAUAGGUAUGUGUAAUACAGACUAUAUGCUCUCAAAAACUCAGAGAUGAAGUACAGAUAUUCAAUGUUUAUCUAAACUGUGUUGGCAGGGAAGAGAGUGGAUUUCUCUGGGAAGUGCUUUCUCUAGGAAAUGUAAUAGUCAGAGUCCUCUGGGUACCAUAGCAUAACCCAAUUGACACAAAAUCAGCCAUCACAUGGCUCAAGGUGCAACUUUGAGAUAAAUGUGGUGGGAAUGUUGAGGAAGGAAAUGGACUAGGUGCUAACCCAUUAGGACAGAUGAAAGAUCACUGAAGUGUCAGACUGACCUCACAUCCCAGGUAACAUGCAAACAGGUUUUAGAUUAAGUUAGGUAUCAAACAAAUACUGAGUGAUUUCAUUGAGGAUUUUUUGUCCCUACCUUUAUGGGCUAGCUGCCUUAGACUGCCUUAGAGAGCAUACAUAGAAAAAAGAACAAAUUAAAAGCUUUUCAUCCAAACUCAAGACAUGAAUGAGAAAUUCUAAAAACCGCUGUAGCAGUUUUAAAGGAUACCUUUUCUUCUGUACCCUAGCACAGAUGUAGAUGAGGGUCAUAGAGCCAUUAAUUGUAUAACCCCACAGUGUCUCUUAUGCUAAGGUAAGGCCACUGGUUGGGAAGAUUCGGGCCCUGAGAUAUGACAUGGUGAUAUAUGAACAGACACAGGGAAGUCAGACAACUGUGAAUCCUCAAUCUCCCAAACAUCUUUGCUGGAAGAAGCAGACCCAUUGCAUUAGUUAUUUAUUACCCUGUCAUACCCACUCUAUUGGUUAUCUAUUGCUGUGUAACAAAUGGCACCAAAAUUUAGCAGCUUAAAAUAAUAAACAUUUACUUUGGGGCAUUAUUGGGACAAUAGGAGACAUUUGAAUAUGGACUGUGUAUUUGAUAAUAUUGUAUCAAUUUUAAGUGUCUUGGGGGUGAUGCUGGUGGUAUUGUGGUUAUGUAGGAGAAAUAUCCUUGUUCUUGAAACACACAUGCCAAACUAUUGAUGGAUGCAUUGUCAUAACGUCCACAGAUUAUUCUCAAAUGGUUUAACAAAAUAGUUCCUCAAUGGUAAAUAGAUAAAUAAAAUGUACUAUAUUCACACAAUGGAAUCCUAUAUAAGAAAUCCAUAUGAAUAAACUAAUAAUUCAAUAGCAUGGAUAAAUCUGAUAGAAACAAUAUUGAGUGAAGAAGGCAGACACACAAAAAAUAUAUACAAGUAUCUUUCAGUUAUAUAUUGCUGUGUAGCAAACCACCCCUAAAUUUCAUGACUUAAAACAAAACCAAUCAUUUUAUUAUCUCCUGAGAGUCUGUAGGUUAACUGGGCUUUAAGAAGUACUGAUGUAGCCCAUGAACCAAAGCAUUUAUUCAUGGCAGAUCCUCCACACAGCAUCUCACAUUCCAUAUAUGGACAACAGUUAUGUUUUCUGGCUGACUAUGGGGUUCCACAAUCCUUAGAAUACUCUAAAACUUGCCCUGCAUUAUGAGUCCUGCCUCCCCAGAGUAGAAAUCAGAAAACUCAAUUCCCUAGGCCAUCUUUAAAGCUAGGGCACCAAUCAAAUUCAUCCACCUGUGACUUCAGUUCAACACCGAGCAACAGAAGAAAAUGGAGGUCCACUCUGCACUUAUUUCACUAACAAAGGUGACAGAAGAAGUAACUGGCUUUUGGGGAAGCAGUGGUUAAAAAAAAAGAAGUUCCUGGAACAGAAGUGGUUGAGGAGGUGUCUUCAAUACCAAUUGUGGUAAAGUCCCGUUCCUAACAACAGAGGAAAAAGCAAGCUUUAGAAGAAGUGGGACAGCAGCAGUGAUGCAGUUUAUCAGACAUAUUCUGUGUCUGGGUGGGGGAAGGGGUGCGGGGGUGUGUGUGUCUUGUCCUGUUUAUAAUGAGCCUUCCAUCUGUUGUCUCCACAUUUCUACUCUAAAACCCUAAGUCUGAGAGAAAUGUAUUUUUUGGACUUUUUGAAGUCUUAUCAAACUCAUUAAUGAAGGACCCAGGAAGAAUAAAAGAGACUUGAUUCAAAGACAAAAAAAAGGGGGUGGGGGUGAGAGAGAGAUUUGCAAAACCAAGAUGAAUGUAGUCAGGAAAAAUUGCUGUUAGAGAUUCAAAAUGAUUAAUGUACAACAGAGCAAUAAAAUCACAACCUUGACAUAUCUUCUUUACCAGAGAAAAAGCAAAGCCAUCAUACCUUAUCAGCUUUCUACAGAUUAAUCUCUAAUAGUACAAGGCUGGCUGGGUUCUUUUUAGUCAAGUUACAAUCCCUAACACACCCAGAUUGUGAUCAGGCAGAAUUAUGAGAAAGUAUUCAAGUAUGAGAGUGAAUAAUCAAGCAAGCAAAAUUUUUGCCUUAUUUCUAAUUUUUAGAGCAGUUUUUCCUGUAUAAAUAAGAUUUUUCAGAACAUUUUCAGUAAUGUUCUAAUUCAGUAUCAUUAGAUGGACAGUCUCUUUUAUUCAGCCAGUUUAGAUUUCAGACAUAAAGACUUCCUCAUUGCGUGUUUGACAAAGGCAAGGUCUUAUUAUUUAUUUUUACUGAAGUAUAGUUGACACACAAUAUUAUAUUAGUUUCAGAUGUACAACAUAGUAGUUUGACAUUUAUAUACAUUAAAAAAUGGCUAUCACAAUAAGUCCUAUUAUCAUAUGUCACCAUGUGUAGUUAUUACAAUAUUAUUGACUAUAUUCCCUAUGUUGUGCUUUACUUCCCUGUGAUUUAUUAUAACUGGAAUUUGUACUGUUUAAUCUCCUUCACCUAUUUAACUCAUCCUCCCACUCUUCUCCUCUCUGGCAACCACCAGUUUGUUCUCUGUGUUUAUAAAUCUAUUUCUGUUUUGUUUUGUUUUGUUUGUUUUGUUUGUUCAUUUUGUUUUGUUUUUUAGAUUCUACAUAUAAGUGAGAUCAUACAGUAUUUGUAUUUCUGAUUUAUUUCACUUAUUUUACCCUGUAGGUUUAUCCAUGUUGUCUCAAAUGGCAAGAUUUCUUUCUUUUUAUGAUUGACUAAUAUUCCUCUGUGUGUGUGCGCGU